CCUGAGAGGGGCGGGGAGAUAGAGUCAGCAGCAAGGAGUACAGAGAGGGACACAGAGGCACAGGGACGGACCAGACAGCAGGAGAAGUUGGGAGAGAAUCCUCACCAAAGGAAAGUGCGGAGGGGCAAGAAAAUGAGAAGCAGGAGAAGGAUUUCUCUGGGGUAGAAGAGUCAGGAGAAUAAAACUACAGGGGGAACUGAUGAGAAACAGAGAAGACAGAGACACAGAGAAGAGGCACUCACUAUCCCACAGCUCAGGAACAGUCGGAUACAAGCCCGUGUCCCGGGAUCUAUGGCUACAGGAGUGGAGUUUGAGGUUUUCCGAAUAGAGGGGGACAGCAGCAGCCAUGAGCAAAGGAACGGGACCGGAGAAACUUCUUCUACAUCCACUGGGCAGAACCUGAGGACCAACACUCCAUGCCCAGGAAUGCUCCAGCCUCCCGGAUCCAGCCGACCCAAGGACAAUACAGAGGAGCCCAAGGGAAUAGAAAACAAUGGCUUCGUUGGGGACCCUCCACCCUAUUCCCCACCAGAUCCAAAGAUUGCCCACCUGUUAUACCCGGGGUACCAGAGCAAUUUCCCCGGCCACAUGCCCGUAUUAUACCAACCGGGGCCCCCAGGACAGAGCAUGUACAACUCUCAACACCUGCCCCCUGGAUCCUACCCCUACAUCAUAAGUGAUGGCUCAUUAGGAAUGGCACCUCCACCACGACCUGAAGUGAGGACCAAAGAUUACAUGGUGGAGUCUAUACUCGUCAUGAUCUUCUGCUGCUUCUUGACAGGAAUAAUUGCUGUUGUCUAUUCCCAUGAGGCACGGACGUCUCUCGGCAGGGGUGAUAUACUCCAGGCUCAGGUGGCCUCACGCAAGGCUCGCUCCCUUGUCCUCUUCAGUCUGCUGUUCGGGGUGUUCGUGUCCAUCAGUUGGAUUAUAUAUGUGGUCGUGGCCAUUUUCUUGUGAAGGACAAUUAGGGCUGGGACUGACAGACACCGAGUGUGACUAUGGCAAAGGCACAACAUACAGAAGUCGCACUCAGCGGGGAGAGCAGAGACUAAAUGAGCUUGCGCUGGCAUAACCCCUAACAAUGUGUAUAUUUAUAUGUACAGAGAGCAUUUAGCACUAAUAAAAAAUUGUAACUGU